AUGAAGCUCUUUCAGAUCAUCCUUGCAAUUCUCAUUGGAUUGUCAUCUACAGUCUUAUACCAGUACCGCGAAAGCGUGUCCGAUUUUGCGACACUUGCGAUAGCUUCUCUUUCGAACCGCUACAGCGACUUUAUCAGCAAAGCAGCAUUGAACAAGACAGCAUCUUCUGAAGCAGCAAAGAAAGACAGCAGCUUUCCAAACCUGGGCUACCCCGCACACCACCUCAUAGUCACCGAAAUGUCCGCCCAACGAGCCGUCGCAAAGGUCGUUCGAGCCAUCGAACAGGCCGAAGGCGCCGGAGCGCGAGUUAGACGGUCAAUCGGCACACGAUCACAGCGCAACUUCAGCCCCUUCCUCAUGCUCGAUCACUUUUCCACAACGGCCGGCUUCCCUGACCACCCUCACCGUGGUCAAGAGACAAUCACAUAUCUCCUCGACGGAGUCGUCGACCACGAAGACUUCGCCGGCAACGCCGGAACCCUCUACUCCGGCGACCUCCAGUUCAUGACCGCCGGCCGCGGCAUCAUCCACGCCGAGAUGCCCCGCAAGCACGACGACGGCCGACCAAACGUCGGCCUCCAGCUCUGGGUCGACCUCCCCAAGGAGCUCAAGUACUGCGAGCCUCGCUACCGCGACCUCCGCGCCGCCGAGAUCCCCUCCGUCACCGUCGACGACGGCCGCGCCACCAUAAAGGUCAUCUCGGGCCAGAGCCACGGCGUCGACUCCGUCAAGGAGCUCGCCUACACCCCGGUCUGGCUGCUCGACUUCCUCCUGCGCCCCGGCGCAAAGGUCACCCAGGCCCUCCCCAAGGGCUGGAACGCCUUCGCCUACGUUCUCGACGGCAACGUCGUCGUCGGUGAGGGGGCCCAGGCCAAAAAGGCCGAGCAGUACGACAACGUCUUUUUCGAGCAGGAAGGCGAUGUUAUCCACCUGUCAACUGAAGCAAGCGCCACAAAGGAGGCCCGAGUCUUCGUCAUCGCUGGCACUCCUCUCGACCAGCCCGUCGUGCAAUACGGCCCCUUUGUUCUCAACUCCGAACAAGAGAUCAUGAAGACCUUUUCUGAUUUCCAGAGCCACGAAAAUGGUUUCGAGCGCGCCAAGAACUGGAGGAGCAAGAUUGGCGAUCGUGUGUAUUAA